AAGCAUGUUCAGAAUCUGGCAGGGGGUUUGGACAAAGUCUCCAAGUGCCCGUCUUUCCUGCGUCCAACUUCCUCGAGGCAGCCGAGGCCGUGUAUAGAACACAAAGGUCUCUUGACACUCCGGCACUGCUGUCUGCCGAUUGAAAAAACGACACCGCGUUUGUAGAGAUUUAGAAAGCCUCCUGCUGAUUAAUGGUGCAGCUCGGCCAGCCCGGCGUCCGCCAAUGCUUCCAAGUCUUCGGAUUCAUUGUCAAUGGGCUCAGGAAAGUCCGUCAAGGUGCAGGCACUGAUUUAGUCCACAAAGCCGUUAUUUUGAAUCUGGUGAGAAUCAACAAUAGGCGGCCAUUUACAACAGCGCCUCAACUGCCGUGAGUGCAGGAGCUCAUGCUGAGCGUCGCUGAGGGCUUUCAAUCUAACCGUGUCGCUGCAGCCGACUUGAAUCUGGAGUUUUUGAGCUCAGCUAAGAGCUGUGUCAGAAGGGUGCCCGGAGUGACCUCACUCUUUGUACACCGCAUAGUUAGCGUUUUGCCCCUUCAUACCAUG